UAAUCGGGACUUGCAACGCCCGCGGUUGAGCGGAACUCUUGUCUGCGCUAAUGUUUUCCACACCGACAGAUUUCUGCGUAGCUCCUUCCGCUCCGGUUGCAGCCUGUUUUCACGCACAGCACAGCCACUAAGCUAACAACACUGAGUACUGUUAAAGGGAUCAAUCAAUCAUUUACUUCCUCACAUUUUACUUUAGGAACACAAAUAGUUGAAGAUGACCGACCGUUACAACAUCCACAGUCAGCUGGAGCAUCUGCAGUCCAAGUACAUCGGCACAGGCCACGCAGACACCAGUAAAUGGGAAUGGCUGGUUAACCAGCACAGAGACUCGUACUGCUCCUACAUGGGCCAUUUCGACCUUCUCAACUACUUCGCUGUCGCUGAGAACGAGAGCAAGGCUCGGGUCCGCUUUAACCUGAUGGAGAAGAUGCUGCAGCCGUGUGGUCCACCAGCUGACAAACCUGAGGAUGCUUAGGGCUGUUUUGACUCGGUCUUUAAAGCAGGAUGUUUAUGUUCAUUCAGUGCUGGGAGAUCAAAUAUAGAGGCCAUAGACACUGGAGGGUUGUGGGUGCUCUUUGAAUCCUCUCGUUUGUGAACCAAUCAGUGUUUUCUCUCUUUUUUUAUGCUUAUUUUUUGUGGUAUUUUGUAUAGAUUUUUGAACAAGUGUCUUUGAAGAUAAUAAAGUUGAUACCCUAUCACAAAUGCA